AUGAAAUCUCCCAAUGGGAAAAUGGCAGGAACAUCAAAAAACCCUCAAGUCUCUAUUGCUGCUGUUAAUAGGAACCAUGAUAAUAGUAGAAAAGAGAUGAACUCGCAAGGAAGAGGGAGUGAUGAGAAUACGAAAGGGAAAAAACUACCAGAACAACAACAAAAACAACAACAAAAACAACAACAACAACAACGGGAAAGAGAAAAGGAAAAAGAAAAAGAAGAGAAAUCAACAGAUUUACUAAAGACUGAUCCUUCUGUUCAUUCUUAUGUUUCUCAGGAAAAGACAUCUUCUACUGAAAAGGAACCCAUUAGAAGACCUUGGCCACCAUUUCCCUCUUCUCAUCCCUUUUCAAGAGAUCGUCUCUCUAUUGGCGGUAAUAAUAAUAAUAAUAAUAAUAAUAAUAAUAAUAAUAAUAAUAAUAAUAAUAAUAAUAAUAAUAAUAAUAAUAAUAAUAAUAAUAAUAAUAACAAUAUGAAUGGUAGGUGUAGUAGCAGUGAGAGUAAUAAUGAGAUCGUGCAGUCGCCCAUCAUAAUACAUCGUCCUUUCAUUCACUCUGAGAGUGUCGGUCGUAGUAGUGAUAGUAACGGACUGCGUAGUUCACUAACAGUCCGACAACAGGAGGCACUGCGGCAAACACCAAAUGCACUCAUUCGGCGUCACACUCCACCACCACAACGACUCUGCGUUACGAAUAAUAUGAUGAGUCAUGACUACUAUAGUAAUAUUAAUAAUAAUAAUAAUAAUAAUAA